UAAGCUAGCAGCUCUCAAAGCAUAUAGAAAAGCCAAUGAAUUGUGCUUUAUGCUUGUUUCGAUAAGUGGACUAGCAAGAAUCAUGCAUAUAUAAAUGUCCAGCCUAGGUUCCUCCUAUCCACAUGAUACUGGAGCUUUUCGAGAAUUUUACGGUCAGCCAGUAGUGUUUUUUCCUCACAACAAAUUAGCAUCAGCCGUUUUUAUGGCCAGCCGAACACGGGUGAAAUACCAGUGAACAAGAUGGGAACUGUUCUGAAUAAGGUGUUGACUGUUUGUGCAUGUUGUUUUCUGCAGAAUAUUUACCCCACGCAGAACCAAAACCCAGGAAGAGAAGAACUAUGAGGUUUAGAGGCUUUAUUGGUGAAAUUCAAUUCGCAAACUACCUUGUCUCCAAUCGUCGUCACAGGAAACGAAACCUACCAAUUCCGGAGAGCUAGCCACGCCACAGAAUGAGGGGAGUCACCAUUGAGACUAGCAAUGUGAGUAAGCGACGCCGCUCAUCCAUCCUAGAGGCACAAACCACCACAAUAAUGGAUUCUCCCUCAGUUGUUGUCAAGUUCAAAAUAAACUAUGAGCAAACCAAACACCUUGCCGCAGGCCAUGCUGUCAACUCUGAUGCUAUAUCUGCCGGGGGGCACAUAUGGAGGAUAAAUUUCUACCCACAUGGGGCCCAAGAGACUCCAGAGGAAGGUAGAGACAAUCCCUCUAUUUUUCUCGAACUUUUGAGGAAGUCUAGAAACACAUGGGUCAAGGCCAUCUUCACUACAUCAAUAAAGAACAAGGAUGGUAAAGCAUUUAAAUUUGAAAGUAGUUGGUCCUUCCCAUCAGAAAGAUAUUUUGACAUACUUCAGUUAUUUCAGUUUGGGAGCCAUACUGAUAUGGUUAAUAAUUAUGUGGAGGAUGGACAUAUCAAGUUUGUUUGCACCAUCGUGGUGUUACAGAGCAACUCUGUCAUCCCUGUGCCACUUUCUAACAUAGGGAAACAUAUGGGUACUCUAUUGGAUAGUAUGGAUGGAAUGGAUGUGUCAUUUGUCAUUGGCGGUGAGACAUUCCACGCACAUCGAUUUGUGCUUGCUGCCCGCUCACCUGUCUUCAAAGCAGAGCUCUUUGGAUCCAUGGUUGAGGCUACAACAAUGACGCCCAUCACCCUUCACGAGAUUGCCCCAGCAACAUUCAAGCUCAUGCUGCAAUUCAUGUACACAGAUGCCUUACCUGGUGAUGAAGAGCUUGGGAACACUCCAAUCAAGACCCUUUGGGACUUGCUUGCUGCAGCUGAUCGGUAUGCCUUGGACCGGCUGAAGCUUCUCUGUGCCCAAAAGUUGUGGGAGGAUGUGUCAGUGGAUACAGUUGCCUCAACCUUAGCGUGUGCUAAAAUGUACAACUGCCCAGAGUUGAAGGACAUGUGCAUUGAUUUCUUUGCUGAGGCAAAUAAUUUCAAGGCGGCCGUGUUAACCGAUGGUUUUGCGAAGUUGGUGCAGCAGUUCCCUUCCAUUAUCUCUGAGCUGCGAGAGAGGAUCGGGACAUGAGCAUUAUUAGUGCAGUGUUCAAAUAUUUUAUUUGGUGAUGCUGGCUAGCAUCUCGUAUUUCCUAGCAUUUUUAAUUUAAUAAUAAUUAUGUCUCAUAGCAUUGGACUAGCUCAACUUGUGUCUAAGCAUUUGUUGUUCUGGCGCCAUAGUUUCUGAGCAUAUGCAGACCAAUGGGAAGGUGUGGAUAUUGUCACCUCAUCAUGUUCCAAAAUAAGAACAUCAUGUACAAUGUGUGGCCUAAACUAUAUGUCUUGGUAUUUCUUUGUA